AUGAAAAUUUUCCCACACCAGUUUGGUGUUGCAUUAAGUACAAAGGAAGUGCACUGUGGACUAGUAGGAGAGAACAUUGAUGAGAGCUUUGUAGGAACAAUGCCCCUCCCCCCUCUUCCUCCUUUUCAUCUUUGUAAACCGUACUCUAGAUCACUACAGCAGCACCUCUUUUUGAUGCUUCAGAGAUGCAAAUCCAUGAGACAGCUCACGCAGCUUCAUGCCCAGCUGCUGCUCAACGGCUUCUCCCAGAAGUGCUUCCUCCUCACCAAACUCCUCUCCUUCUGUAUCGCCUCCGGCGACGUCUCUCAUGCCGCCACUGCGUUCUCCCUUGUCGACCAUCCGAGCACCACCCUUUCCAACCAGAUGCUCCGAGCCCUCUCUCUUAGCCCUACGCCUCUCAAUUGCCUCCUUUUCUACAACCAAAUGCUACAGAGGCGAGAAACGUUCAAGCCCAAUGGCUUCACCUACGCUUUCCUAUUCUCCGCGUGCGCUAGAGCAAACUCGUCCCUUUUGUGCCAAGGUGAGCAACUACAUGCUCGGAUUGUUUCUGCCGGAUUCGGCUCAAACGUCUACGUCCAGACCAAUCUCAUCAACAUGUAUGCAACUGCCACCGCUGCCGCCGGCGGCACGAGAGAAGAGGCGAUCGCGCGCGCCCGCAAGGUGUUCGAUGAUAUGCCGCAGCGGAGCAUCGUCUCCUGGAACUCCAUGCUGGCUGUGUACUUGCAGUUGGGGGAGUUGCACACAGCUUCCGAAUUCUUCGGCGAGAUGCCUAAGAGGGAUGCCGUGUCGUGGACCGCCAUGAUCACUGGCUGGGCUCGUGCGGGAAAAGCCUCGCAAGCACUGGAGCUGUUCCGGGAGAUGCGCAGGGCCCGCGUGACCCCCGAUCAGGUAACCAUGAUUGCACUCCUGUCGGUGUGCACGGAACUGGGGGACUUGGAACUGGGCCGGUGGAUCCAUGCGCGCUUGGACCCUUUACAAGGAGGGCGAGACCGUCUCGUGUCGCUCAACAAUGCGCUAAUCCACAUGUACAUCAAAUGCGGCGCCGUCGACGAGGCUCUCCACAUCUUUCACGAGAUGCCAAUGAGAAGCACCAUCUCUUGGACGACCAUGAUUGCUGGUCUUGCAAUGCAUGGCAGCUCCGAGGACGCGUUGGGUCUCUUUCGCUCGAUGCGAGAGAAACCCGAUGCCAUGACGUUCCUCGCAGUACUCUGCACAUGCAGCCACUCGGGGAGGAUCGACGAAGGCCGCCAUUAUUUCAUGAGCAUGCGAAAGCAGCACGGAAUCAGACCAGACGUACGGCACUACGGCUGCAUGGUCGACAUGCUGACUCGUGCAGGCCGGCUGGGCGAGGCCCUGGAGUUGGUGGAGGCAAUGCCGAUGCGGCCGAGCGAUGCGGUGUGGGGAUCGCUGCUCGGCGGGUGCAGAAGGCAUGGAGAGGUAGAGCUCGCCGGGCACGUGGUGGAGAGGUUGAUGGAGCUGAAGCCGGAGAGAGCUGCGGGGUACCUAGUGCUGCUAUCGAAUGUGUAUGCAGCAGUGAGCAGGUGGGAGGAAGCUCACAGGGUGAGGGAGAGGAUGGUAGAUUUGGCCGAGCACAAGCCUGCGGGGCGAAGUUGGAUGAAUCCAAAUGAGUGA